CACUGCGCCUGCGUCAAAUGUAUCAGCGCCGCCACCGCCACCACGUGGUUCCCCAGCGACACAUUGCUACAGAGAGUGAACAACUUUGCUCCUCCCCCCCACCAGCGCUUCCCCCUCCCGGCACCAGCGCUCAGUGCGGGCCGAGGCGGAAGGAUGGGGGUAACUUGUGUUUCCCAGAUCCCGGCGCUGGAGGGCAAGAGUGUCCAGCAGGCCGUGGACAUGCUGACCAAGAAGCUGGAAGUACUGGGCGCAGUGAAGCAAGGGACUUUCUGUGUGGACUGUGAAACGUACCACGCUGGGCCGGCUGUCACUGUCCCAGGGCAGCCGGCUAAGUUCAUGUACAUCAUGCACAACACUGAGUAUCCUCUCAGCUGCUUCGCCCUGUUUGAGAACGGGCCGUACCUGGUGGCGGACACCAACUUCGACACGCUGAUGAUCAAGCUGAAGGGCUUCUUCCAGAACGCCAAGAGCAACAAGAUCGAAAGCCGUGGCCCUCGCUACCAGUACGGUGACUUCCUGGUCAAGGUGGGCACGGUGACCAUGGGACCCAGUGUGCGCGGCAUAUCUGUGGAGGUACGUCCAGCACACCGGCUCUGUUUAGUUUAG